UCUUCCGUGAUUUCGAGCAGGAAACAAAAGAUUGCUCAUGCGCAUGGAGAAUGAGACUGGUUCCACGCUUAUCUUAUUUAUUUUGAUUCGUUUCGACUAUGAGCCAGGAAACAAUCAUACCGGGAAAACAAAGAUGACAAGCAAAAUCAAAAUUGAGAAGUGGGAUAACACAGUUGAUGGACCUCUCUCUGUUGAAACUAUGGAAAAGAAACUACGUCAACAAGGUUACCAUUGUACACAGUAUGAAUUUUCACCUGGGACAAAUUUUCCAGACCAUACACAUAGUAUUUCAAAGAAAGACUCAAUAGUAACUGGACAGUUUCAGUUCAGUAUGUACGGAGAAACUGUAGUUCUAAAUCCGGGAGAUAUGGUUGAAGUACCUAAAAACACUGUACAUAAUGCAAAGGUUGUUGGGAGUAAAAGUGUGAUAUUCUAUGAUGCCACAAAGUAAAACAGAUAUAAAAGUUAGGAAGAAAAGUCAACAAAUGCUUGCAAAGGUCCCAUGGUUGUCUUGUGAAGAUAAAACAGUAGAAUCAUCAAUUUUGUUUGGAUUGUUAUUUGUAACACACAUUGUAUGAUUUUGCUUCAGUAGUCUAUAUUUAGAGGUAUCAAAGGAAAGGCUGUAUCUUAACUGGACAAUUAAUGUGAGUCAAGCAGGAACCCAUUGAUUUUAAGAUUUUAUGUAAUCAGUUAAGAUCAUUUCUGAACCAUUAACAUACUGGCCGCUACAGAAUUUACUUGUGAAACCAUCUGUGCCAUCUAAUCAUGGUUUGCACCUUUUGCUUUUCAGUCAGUAUCAGAUUAUGGAAUGGUUGUAAUGUCAAGGGUCAGGGUCACUUUUUAAACUUCACACACAGACUAGGUGUGGCCGCUUUAGUGAAUAAUUGUAUGAAAUGCUGAAAAAUGUUUGCUAUUAGUUUAUUGAGUGUUUGUACUGUUAAUAGUGACUAAGAUAUUCUCACUGGUGUGACCAGUAAGCAAUUAACAAUAACCACACAUAUAGUUUAUUGUAGCACUUUAAAUUAUGGCAUGGUUACAUUCAUUUAUAACCCUGAUUUUGCUAAAUUUGCAUGAUGAUGUUGUCUUGCUUUACCAUUGUUAGUUUCAGAGCUUUCAAUACAAUAUAAAUUCAACACUAUCCACUAUUGUGAUAAAGCUUUAAGUGAAAUGAGUAGAUUAAAAUUGAAAAUACAUAUGACAUGUUGUUGUUGGGAAUUUUUGUUUUAUUAAUAGAAAUGAUAAUUUUGGCAAUUACUCAAUACUGGUUAGUUGUCCAGGAAAGUCCGUAAGGUGGAAUAAUCACCAAGAUAUUACCUAAACCAUGCUUUAAAAUUGGCAUAAAAUUACAACAAGGUAAUACAAGAGCGAUCAGUAAUAACAUGUGUCGCCUCAUGAUGGCCAAUUUCAUGUUGGGACAAAUUUUGUGACAGACGGACAGACAGACAGACAGUGCACAACUAGACUUGGUACUGAUCAUUCCUGUAAAGUUUGGAUAAAAUUGCACCAGUAGUUUAUGAGGAGUAGUCCGGACAAGCUUUUGUGUAUCUGGCAACACACAGAAAAAAACACCUUUUUAUCAAAGGGCCAUAACUCGGCCAAAAAUCAUUCAACCGGAAAACCCGUGCAAUAUGCGCAAGGACUUGAGCUACAGAUCAAUCCUGUAAAGUUUCAUUGAAAUUGCAUUAGUGGUAUAAGAGAAGUAGUCCGGACAAACUUUAAAAUUAAAAAUUAUUAAAGGGCCAUAACUCUGACAAAAAUCAUUGAACCGGAAAAUGCUGACAAUAUGCACAACUAGACUUGGUACUGAUCAUUCCUGUAAAGUUUAGAUGAAAUUGCACCAGUAGUUUAUGAGGAGUAGUCCGGACAAGUUUUGUGACGGACGGACGGACAGACAGACGACGGAGAAGUGAUCCCUGUAUGUCGCCACUACUCCGUAGAGGCGACACAAAAAUAGAGCAGGCUGCUCGAGUGAAUGCUGGCCUAGGUCUGUACAGUUUGGCUUAAUUAGACAAACUUUUAAUAACAUGUUGAAGAAAAGGUUUGUUUCUUUUAAUUUCUGUCAUAUAUAACACAAAGUCGUUUCAACAUUUACACAUUUGUUUAUUUUGUUUUGAUAAAAUGUACAAGAAAAUAAAUGCAAUUUUGGACGGCCUUUUUGUAUACUUGG